AUGGAAGAGAUUAUUUCCCCGAGAUGUUCUCUAAAAAUCGUCCUGCAUAAAGCUUUCGAUUCCAUCCAUUGGGGAUUCAUUUUUGAUAUUCUCAAAACUCUUAAUCUUCCUCACACUUUCAUUGCUUGGAUCGAAGCUUGUUUCACACAAACAAGAUUCUCGAUUUCUUUCAAUGGGACUCUUAUUGGAUAUUUUAAAGGCGCUAAAGGUCUAAGACAGAGAGAUCCUCUUUCCCCCUACCUUUUCGUGCUUGCUAUGAAUAUCUUAUCAAGAAUGCUUAACUUGGCAGCUGAAAGAGGUAUAUUUGGAUUUCAUCCAAAAACAAGGAAAAUUGGUCUUACUCAUCUCUCCUUUGCCGACGACCUUCUAAUUUUUUGCAAAGGAAAUAUUGAAUCAGUGGUUGGAGUCCUUAGUAUUCUUGAUCAAUUCUAUGAAGUCUCUAGACUCAAGUUGAAUUCUUUUAAAUGUGAAAUUUUUUCUGCGGGUAUUCAUGCUAGAACCAUUGAGAAGGUAAAACUAAUCACAGGUUUUCAAGUCGGAAUUUUACAUGUUCACUAUCUUGGAAUUCCCCUAGUUACCCUCAAGCUAACCGAGAAGGACUGCCAAGCUCUUAUUGAUAACAUUAAACGUAAGCUUCACAUCUGGUCCGGGAGAAAUAUCAGCUACGCAGGGAGAUUAGAACUCAUAAAUUCUGUUUUAUUCAAUAUUAGCAAUUACUGGUGCAGGCAACUUGUUCUUCCAGCUUCAAUCCUUAAAAAGGUGGAACAAAUCUGCUCCCGAUUUUUCUGGAAAGGAGCAGAUAAAUCUGCUGCUGGUGCAAGAAUUAGCUGGGGGGAAAUUACCGUUCCUAAAUCCGAAGGAGGACUAGGACUGAAAAAUAUUAAAACUUGGAAUAGAGCAUGCCUGCUGAGUCUCAUUCAGAAAAUUCUUACAGGCAAUGGUUCUCUAUGGGUAGCUUGGCUAAAAGCUUAUGUAUUCAAGGAACAUGAAUUUUGGCAGUAUCAAGCUGGUGUAAACGUUAGGUGGAGCAUAAGAAGGCUUUUAAAAUUGCGGACAGAAGCUUCACCAAUUAUUUUAUCCAAUCCUGUGCAAACAAGGGACAUAUGGAACUUGAUCCGAUUCAAAGAACAGAAAGUAACUUGGCACAAAUUAACUUGGUUCCCAUUACACAUUCCAAAGUUAAGUUUGAUUGCCUGGAUGAUAAUACUCAACCGGUUGCCAACUAGAGACCGACUCAAUACAAUGGGAAUUUGCACUGAUCUCCACUGUGUAAACUGCGACACUAAUAUGGAGUCAAGGGACCACCUCUUCAUGCAAUGCCCACUGGCAGCAGAUCUCUGGAAUGCUAUUCUGAAGCUUAAUGGGAUGAAUUCAUCUUCCAUGACAUGGGUUGAAAUGGUUUCAAAGGCUUCUUCUACAUGGAAAGGAAGGUCACUCCUUACCACCAUUUUGAAAAUUUCUUGGACUGUAUUUCUUUACUUCAUCUAG